AUGGUGUCGGCCGUGCCGCAGGAGUACUCGUACUUCGACCAGCCGCCUGCUGGCUGGGCCGGGCCCCGGCACUGGAAGCUGCGUCCGCUGACAGCAGGCCGCCAGGGGCCGGCGCCGGACGCCGCCAAGCCGCGCCGCAAGCGGGAUACCGAGGCCAUCGACUUCGCCGAGGAGUGCGACUGGGCCGACGCCUUCGCGCCGUCCAAAAAGUCCAUCAAGCUAAAGCCGGCCACCAUGAAGAAGUGGAACGAGGAGAAGACCACGCUCCCCGAGGACCUUCACUACGACAUCGCCGCCGUGUUCAAGAGCGCGGCGGCGCAGGCUGGUCCGGACGUCCGGCACAGUUAA